AACUUUUUGGAGUUGCCCACAUAGACAGCUUAUUGCAAGAAAUGUUACUUGGUGGAGCUACUCCUGAUUCAAACACAUCAAAUGUAUCGCCAGUUCCUAUGGUAAACGACUACCAAAGUCCCAGCACUAAUUCUCCAGGCAGUCCAUCGGGCAGCCAUAGCCCAACAGUAUCAGAUCAUCAGAUAUCCAGCCCAGAUCUGGCCCCAAUUCAUCCUGCUCAAAUAAUUUGCGAUAUACCAAGUGUCCGAAGUGGCAGUAUGCAGGAAUUACAAUCAAAUAAUAAUCAUUUGCACAAUUUGGAUGAUGUAGCAUAUAAAAUGAAUUUCAAACAAGAACCUUCUUUAGAAACUGAUUCAACUUUUUGAUUGUUUCUUUUACUGGUAAUAGGCGAAAAUUAUCAGUAGUACAAAAGCAAUUGAGUUGUGCAAAAUUGAUUGUACAAUUUAUCAAGAUUGAUGUUUGCAAUUUUACAUCACAUUUGUAUGAAGAGUUCAAUUUAAUAAUUCAUUGAACAAACACUUUAGUUUUAUAUGUAUUUUGUAAUAAUCAAAUGGCUGUCAAUAACUGCCAAUUA